AUGUUCUAUUCGGAAACUCUCUUGUCAAAGACUGGUCCGCUCGCCCGUGUCUGGCUGGCUGCCAACAUCGAGCGUAAAUUGACCAAGAACAACAUCCUGCAGUCCGACAUUGGAAGCAGUGUCCACACCAUCAUCAAGAAUGAUCAGGCUCCUAUUGCCCUGCGCCUGAGUGGCCAGCUCUUGCUCGGUGUCGUCCGUAUCUAUAGUCGCAAGGCUCGCUAUCUGCUAGACGACUGCAACGAGGCCUUGAUGAAGAUCAAGCUCGCCUUCCGUCCUGGAAAUGUCGACCUCNCCUCCAACCAAUCACACACUGCAAACCCUGCAGCCCUUGUGCUUCCUGACACAAUCACCGAGUUGGAUCUUUUCGCCCCUAUGCCUGAUCUUGACGAGCUCCUACUCGACAGCACUCCUGCACCUGGCCAAGACCCUACGCUUUUGGAUUGGGGCACCAGCCAGCUUCUACCCGAGAGCAUGAACACUCGCGAAGAUGUCAGCCAGACUCUUCAACUCGAGGACGAUGAUCUGGGCCUCGACAUUGGCGACAUCACCGAGGGCGCUGCAGGAGGAGACACCAGCAUCGAAAUUGGUAGACACCAAGAGGCGGCCCGUCCAGAGAUGAACGAUCAGAGCAUGCUUUACGACGAUAACUUGGAUCUGGACAUUGGCGGCCCUGAAGACACUAUUGAGAAGGACAUUUCCAUGGCCCCUCUGCCCAUGGAUGACGACAUCGAAAUGGGCGGUCUUGAUCUCCAAAUCGAAGAAAGCAACUUCGACGCUCUCAACCGUGCAGAUGUUCGCCGCGGCCGGGAUAGUGUCUCGCCUCUUUCGUCUGUUCGCUCCAGCGUCGAGCGCGACCUUGAGCAGACUUUCCAGCUCGAGCACCAACCUACUGAGCUCGAGCAAGACGAGACCAUGAUCCAAGCACAACAGCGUGCCAAGCGCCGCAAGGUACUUCCUGCUGACCUUAACACCGAACUCCACAACUCCCAGAUCCGCGCUCAACAGGAGGACCGCAGCAAGAUUCUCAAGGCUCCUGUCUUCCUUCCCAGAGACCCCGUCCUUCUCGCACUCAUGGAGAUGCAGAAGAACGGCGGCUUUGUGUCUAAUAUUCUGGGUGACGGUCGUAGCACUGGCUGGGCUCCUGAGUUGAGGGGUGUCCUGUCUCUCGAGGUCGUACGCACAGCUGGCGAGCUCAAGCGUAAGAGAGACAGCGGUCUCCCACAAAUUGAGAUCCCCGAGGAAGAGGAAGAUACCCACGCUCUUGGUGCUGCCACAUCACCUGCACCCGAAGAUCUCCAAGACCCUACACUGGGUGCUGACGACUUUGCUCCUGCUUUUGGUGGUGACGACAUCNCCUCUAUUGUUGAACCUGCUCAGGAGGAAGAGAUGGAAGCUUAUUCACCAGCGCCCGCUUUUGAUGAGACUACUAUGCCUGUACUGCAUCCUGCUGAUUCUGGUCCCGUCUCGCUCGGCACCAAGCACGCUGUUCACCUUUUGCGUGAACGCUUUUCAGAUGAGUCUGGCGAGCCGCCAUCACCCACAACUCGCGCCCAACGCAGUGUUCUUUUCACCGACUUCUGCCCCGAAGAGCGCACGAGCAAGCAAGACGCCACCAAGAUGUUCUUCGAAGUGCUCGUUCUCGGUACAAAAGACGCCGUCAAGGUGGAGCAAAGCUCUGAUAAGCUGNGUGCUCCCCUCCGCAUCCGCGGCAAGAGAGGUCUCUGGGGCGAUUGGGCCGAGAUGGGAGCUGGCGGCGAGAUUGCUAGCCAGCGCCCCGAGGUCGCCGUCACCAUUUAA